ACCUUUUGGUUUUAGAAAUUCAUCUUUGGGGUUAUCGACAAUGGCAUCAGCUGCUAUUUUCUCUUCUCUAAGGAGGCGAAGGUCGCCGUCUCUAGAGGCUUUCUUGGCCCCCGUUGACUUAACCGGAGUAUCCCUCGUUCGAACCCUUGCAAAUCUCUCCUCCGAGCUUGUUUCUUGCUUUUCCAACAAUGUUUUCUUCUUUCAACGAAGAAAUUCUCGAUCCUUGAUUCGAAAGGUUGAAGUUGUUGUUCUUCUUUUGGAGUAUUUGAGGGAUUCGAGUUCAGGGUCCAUGUCGAACCGGCCUUCGACAGCCGUAUUGUGCUUCAAGGAGCUCUAUUUGUUGCUGUAUAGGUCCAAGAUACUGCUUGAUUAUUGCUCUCAAUCCAGUAAGUUAUGGCUUCUGUUUCAAAACCACUCGAUUUCAGGUCAUUUCCAUGAUUUGAACCGAGAAAUUUCGACCCUUUUGGAUGUUUUUCCAAUAAAUGAAGUUAAUUUGAGUGAUGAUGUUAGGGAACAAGUUGAGCUAUUGCAGAAACAGGCUAGGAAAGCAAAACUGAUUGUUGAUAAAAGUGAUGAGAAUUUAAGGCUUAGAUUCUUUUCAUUUCUUGAUGAAUUUGAGCAUGGGAGGGUACCGAAUCAUGUUGAAUUGAGGCUGUUCUUUGUGGAGAGAUUGGGGAUUAAGGAUGCCAAAAGUUGCAGGUCUGAAAUUGAGUUUUUGGAGGAGCAGAUUGUUAAUCACGGGGGAGAUAUCGAACCUACGGUUUCUGUGCUUAAUGGAUUUGUUGCAAUAACCAGAUAUUGUAGGUUUUUGUUAUUCGGUUUCGAGGAAGAUGAGUUGCAGUUCUCUUUGGGGAAUAGGAAGAAACCGAGAAAAGGCUUGAUUACUCGGGUGAUUGCCGAUACGUUUUCAACUGUUCCGAAAGACUUUUGUUGCCCAAUAUCGUUGGGCUUGAUGAGAGACCCAGUGAUAAUUUCGACAGGGCAGACUUAUGAUCGGAUUUCAAUAGGUCGGUGGAUGGUGGAAGGGCAUUGUACUUGUCCGAAAACGGGGCAAAUGCUCGUCCAUAAUCGCCUUGUUCCUAAUCGGGCUUUGAGGAAUUUGAUCACGCAGUGGUGUACUGCUCAUGGUCUUCCGUACGAUCCUCCGGAAAUCACAGAUGCAUCUGCUGAAUCUUUUGCUGCAGCUUUGCCAAUCAAAGCAGCAACUGAAGCCAAUAGAGCAACAGCAACACUUCUUAUUCAGCAACUAGCUAAUGGAUCUCAGGGAGCUCAGACUGUAGCUGCUCGUGAAAUUCGCUUGCUGGCUAAAACAGGAAAGGAGAUUCGCGCUUUUAUUGCAGAGGCUGGGGCGAUAACGCACUUACAAAAGUUGUUGUCGUCCUCGAACCCUAUUGCUCAAGUGAAUUCUGUUACUGCAUUGCUGAACUUAUCCAUUUAUGAGAAGAACAAAAGUCGAAUUAUGGAUGAGGAUGGUUGUCUAGGAUCGAUUGUUGAAGUCUUGAGGCUCGGGCUCACAACGGAGGCCAGGCAAAACGCUGCUGCAACAUUGUUCAGCCUCUCUGCAGUUCACAACUAUAAGAAGAAAAUAGCGGAUCAGGGAGGAGCAGUCGAAGCCUUAGCAGAGUUGUUGAGAGUGGGGACACCCAGAGGGAGGAAGGAUGCAGUGACCGCUUUAUUUAAUCUGGCGACUCUCACAGACAAUUGUGAGAGCAUGAUAGAGGCUGGAGCAAUUACAGCACUCGUCAGAGCUUUACAAAAUGAAGGGGUGGCGGAGGAAGCAGCAGGUGCAUUGGCCUUCAUUGUCGGGCAGCCAAUCGGAGCCGAAGCUGUGGGGAAGGAAGAAACUGCAGUGGCAGGGUUAAUAGAAAUGAUGCGAUGCGGAACACCAAGAGGAAAAGAGAACGCUGUUGCAGCAUUGCUCGAGUUUUGCCGCACCGGUGGGGCCACCACAACUAAAAGAGUGCUCAAAGCCCCAGCGUUGGCUGGUUUACUUCAGGCGCUAUUGUUUACCGGUACAAAGCGAGCAAGAAGAAAGGCUGCAUCACUUGCUAGAGUGUUCCAGAGGUACGAGUAUGCAUCUUUACAUUUCGGAGGAUUGGGUGUCGGAUAUGCAUUUGCAGACAACUCAAAUACGAACAAUUCAAGUUUACCGGGCGAUGUGUCAGUCCCUAUGUCGAUUUCGGUAUUGUAACAACUCAUUAGUUCCCAUUUUUGUUGGCAAAUACAUUUCACAGAUUCAUUCAUUUAAAUUCCAGAUAUUGAAGAAGAAGAAAAGUUUACAGAAA